GUUACGGACUUGCGAUACCUUUCUUGUUAUUGAAUCAUGACCAACUGGGCUCCAUUAUAGCAGCCUCUUCUCACCUCGCAUUUUAAUUGACCUUCAAUUGCUGCCCAGUCAACAUGGCCCAGACACCGAAGCAGAGGCGCGCGAACGAGAAGUACGCAAAGCACGAGGCUGCGAAAAGAGGCAAACCAGAAACUACUUUGAAAAAGAGCCAAAAACAGAAAUCGCCAGUGUCCAUUGGCUGGGUUGUGAUACUCGCGUUUGUUGUCUGUGGAGGAUUGGCAUUUGAGCUCCUAAGGAUUGUUCCAGACAUUUGGUCGGCGAUUACUUCCCUCGUUAAAUAAAAUGACAUGGAAAGACUACUGUACAGUGGCCUAGAAUAAUUUGCUAGUGUUCAAGAAAAGGGAAGGCAGUUUCGUC